ACAAAAACCCCAACGUAUCAGAAUUGAGUGACGCAAAAAGUGAGGUUAAAUAAAAUUGAUUCGCGUCCUUUUAUUUUUCGGCGUUCUCCACAAAAAAAUAACCCCCUCAAUAUAAAUAUACUAAGAAUUUAAUCUUUGAGUUUAAACCCACUUCUUUUAAAUAAUUUUAACCACCCCUAUGUUCCUUCAAAACAUAACCACAAUCACAUAAUCAGCAACAAUGAAUGCUUCAGUGAAUAUAAAAGGAGAAAACGGUGAAACUUUUAUUCCGGCCUCACAAAGACCCGAUGGAACCUGGAGAAAAGCUCGGAGAGUCAAAGAUGGUUAUGUACCUCAAGAAGAGGUUCCUUUAUACGAAAGUAAAGGUAAACAAUGGGUGAAUAAGCAACAAAAAGUCGUGGAAAGUUUGCCUGCCGGAGUUAAGGCUCACAAAACAAUUCCCGGCUUGUUUAUAACGGAAGAAAAGAAGGUUAAAAAAGAGAAGCUGAAGAAAGAAAAAGUUGAAAAAAAAAUUGAUGAAGUAAUCAAAAAAGUUAAAGAUGUGAAAAUAACAGAAGAUAAAAAGGAAGAACCCACCGAUCCCACAAAAAAACUUAAGAAUUUAAAGAAACGGUUAAGAGAAGUGGAAGCUUUAGAAGAAAAGGUUAAAAACGGGGAGUUAUCAAAACCAGAUCCGGAUCAAUUAAAGAAAAUUAAUAGAAAAUCGGAAUUAAUGUUGCAAAUCUACGAGUUAGAAAAGAAAGUGUAAAUAAAUAAACAAAGAGUGGGAGUAA